AUGCAGGAGGUGCGCGAGCGGCCGAUGCGGUCGGGCAAGCCGGUGCAGUUCAGCGUGCUCCGCGUUCCCUUCUUCCUCGAGCCAGACUACGACACGAGCGAGGACUUUCAGGAGACGAACCGAGAGCGGCUGCUGCGGAAGUGGAGCGGCGCGGCGGGCUUUGCGGCGCAAAAGCGGCGUCACGGCCUCAAGGAGCGCGGCCGCGAGGUCGGCAUCGAGCAUUUCGACCUCGACCGCGUCGCCUCCAGCACGCUCGCGUCGCACCGCCUCGUGCAGUGGGUGACCAAGCGCAAGGGCGUCACGGCGGCGGAGGCCCUGUACAGCGCGCUCAACCACCGGCACUUUGAGCUCGGCCAGAAGCUGAACGACCGGAGGAUGCUCGUGCAGGUGGCGCAGGAGACGGCGGGCGUGGAUCCAGCGGCGGCGGAGGCCUUCCUUGCGAGCGAGGAGGGCGUCGCCGAGAUCAAUGAAGCGCAGCAGAUGCUGCGCAGGUUGGGCGUGAGCGGAAUCCCGACCCUCGUGCUCGGCGCAAAGGCGGUGCUGCCGUCGGGCGCGCUGAGCAGCGAGUACCUAGUGCAGGCCUUCCGGCAGCUGGAGGAGGCGUCGGAGGAGGGCGCCCCCGACUCGGUCUUUGCAGAGGCGCGGGCGCUCGGCGUGCCACUCGAGGUGCUCGCGGAGCCGCUCGCGCUGGGCGAGCAGCGGUACGAGCCGGUCGCCGUCGCGGGGUAG